AUGUCUUUCCCCAACUUCAUCACCUGCUUCGCAGUCGCUCUCCUCCUCGUCGUUGCAACUGCUACUGCUACCGCCAUCGCGUCUCCGGACUCCCUCCCUUACCUUGUCUCCGAGCUUCUCAUCACUGGUACCAUUGAUGAAAUUCCAUUCGAUCUCACAGGCACAAUCCAACAGGUCGAGGUCCAGUACGUUAAGCCGGCCAUUGCCAUUCCCUGCUUUUCUGAAUGUCUCUUUGGACUUACGUGCAUUCCUAUUGCUAAUUGGGACUGGAAGAAGGCCGUUGCCACCGCAAUUAAAGACGGCGUCAACAGCCUGAACAAUAUUGACGCUGCAGGCUGCCGCGUUAACGCGCUUACUUGUGCUCGGGUCAGCUGCUCUUACGACAGCGCUAUCCACUUGUGCAACGACAACGUCAGUGUAAGCUUCAACGAUAUUUUGUAUCCAUUCCAGACACUCUCAGCCUGA